CCUGAAAAGCAGAAGCCUAAUUUCGCAAACACCGGGCGCCUGGCCGCAGAGAGCAAUACUGUAGAAGUAAAUGGAGGAGCGGUGGUGCUCAAGUACCACGAACCCCCCGAGGCACGGAAAGCGUCAGCCAAGGAACCCUGGCGUCUCUACGUGUUCAAAGGACAAGACCUCCUGGAGGUGAUGGAGCUGAAAGAACGCAGCUGCUGGCUUAUUGGAAGAGAGAGAUUGGUGGUGGAUUUCCCUCUGGACCAUCCGAGUUGCUCCAAGCAGCAUGCGGCGAUUCAAUUCCGCUUUGUCGAGAAGCGGAAUGAGUUCGGAGACCGGAUCGGACGAGUCAAACCGUACCUCAUUGAUCUGGAAAGUGCAAAUGGAUCGAGUGUGAAUGGGGAUAAGAUUCCAGCCGGACGAUACGUGGAAGUGAGGGACAAGGACGUGCUACAAUUCGGGCUCAGCACUCGGGAAUACGUUAUGAUGCUGCCUCCUCCA